GCAAUCGCUUCGCGAUCCAGGUCUCGCCAUAAUCGAGUGGAGGGCAGGAGAUUCGAUUCAUCAGUCCGGAGGAUGCCCAGGGUGUAUUGGGCAGAGUGAUCACGCGAGUUGAGGGCCUUUCUAUUGUGGUUUAUGAUCCAGCAGAAUAUGCUCAUGUGCGCUCAUCCUGACCCCGCCUUCCAAGCUCUAAAUUCGACCACAGCAUUUUUAUCACUGGUUCGGGGAGAUCCUCUUCGGAUUCUGGCGCGUAUACUCGCACAUUCUCAUGGACUCCUCGAAAACCGAACGAACGCUUGAUUUACCUCGGAAAAUAAUCUUGCCGUUCAUGAUAUACGAGGAGUGGCGCGACUCUGCCGAUAUCGACGGCCCCUUCACGCGGACCGUGUUUCCGAAUACGGGGCUUGAAUUCGCCGAGUACUGGCACGAUCUCGCACGGCUUGGCACCACAGUCGUCUUCGAUCGUAUGGGGUUGCUGAGCCGGAUCAGCGCUCAUAACCAGUGAGUGCAUCCCCACUUUCGUGCUCCUCACUCACUCUAUCUAUGUUCAGCCCCCUGGCAAAUCACUGGGGAAAGAUGAUGGCCGGCACCAUGGAACUGUCUGCGCCGCCUGAUUUCUGGGCGCCCAUCCGUGAGGCAAUGUGGCAAAACAUGCUGGGCUGGGUGCCGGGAAGCCCGACUCCGGCCAAGACAUUCCAACCAGGCCACUCCUCAAAACCAGUGGUAACGUACGUCCCCCGGCAGCGGUACCCGAAGCGGAAACUCAGAGAUGCUGAUCACGAAACACUCCUCGUCGCGAUGCGCGAAUUGGAAAGGGAGGGGCUGUGCGAGUUCCAGGUCGCAGAGAAUGAGGUUGUGGCCGUCCAGGAUCAGAUCGCUAUGGCUUCGAGAACGACGAUCAUGCUAGGCGUUCAUGGAAACGGAUUGACGCACGAGCUUUGGAUGCCUCCGUCCCCACAGUCAACGAUCAUCGAAAUAUUUUCUCCGCAAGGGUAUGUUUACGACUACGAACUGUUGGCACGAAACCUGGGGCACAAACAUUACGCCAUCUGGAAUGACACAUAUAUCACAUAUGAGCCAGGAAUAGUCCAUGAGGGCACUCACUUUCCACCGGACUUUCAGGGUGAUCAGAUUCCAGUUUACGCACCGACAGUUGUCAAAGUAAUCCGGCAGCAAUUGAAAAAUGCGUAAUAUGUUGCUAUUGAUUCGGAUACUAGAUUGAUGUAAUUUUACCAGAAGCACUGCAAUAUAGGGCGCUGUUUACAAUUGAUGUUUAUAAACAGGUUUUUAAUUGCCUGACGGCAAAUGGCCUGUUUAUAAAUCAAAGUACCUGCCAAUCAAUUGUCGCUGUGAGAUUGAUCUGUCACAUCUUUUCUACACCACAUGCCAGUGGCGCGAUCAAAGGCCAUCGGCGCACCUGGCGGUGCUGCCUACUAUGACGAGCAGCUGAAGCAGUUAUAUCAGUUACUCAAGAAGCUUCCGAUCAAAGUGUUGGAGUUAAGGGAGCGCGGGAAUAAAAUAAAGAGAGAAGAGGUUUGCAAUAGCAAGGGCACAGACCAUGACUUCACCAACUACAUUCCCGAUCCUGACCGCGUUGACGACACUGGCAACGUCAAGUGUGUUGUUAACCGUGAUUUGGAAGUCUCGUUUGGUGUGCGGCAGGAUGCUGAUGGAAAUCGGGUGGUGGUUCGGAUCAAGUCCAGGGGUCUCGGCCUCCAGAAUGUGGUGGAGGUACUGCGUGGUUACAUCACCGGAGAUGACGUUCGCAUCAUCGGAGAGUGGAACGGUCAGUUGGACAGCGCUAAAUCUUGCGAAAAGGUGAAAGGAAACACUCUGAAGCUGUCUGGGGGUGCUUCUAGCCUGAUAUUCUAA